UCUUACAAAGAUCAGCUUGUAAUACCCGGACACACCUGGGCAAUCAGUAGUUCUGUUGAUUAUGGUGGAUACCCCAACAAGACAGUGGACGGAGACGUCAGUCAAAAUUCCUAUACAUACUGCAUGCAUACAGCUGGUUAUGAAAGUGAGGCUUGGCUAAUGAUUGACCUAGGAAAAAUUGACAUCAUCAAAUCAGUUAAGUUUUGGUAUAGAAAUGACUCUAACGUACCAGGGUAUAAUACGAGACGAAUACAAGGGUUUAAUAUCCGUCUAUCAAAUACAACUCAGACUGACCGGCAGGACAUUUGUUAUCAAGAUGAUGGAAAGACAAUCCUGCCUCCAAUUAUAGAACAACAAUGUAAAGGAGUAGCCCAGUUUGUUUGGAUUUACACAAAUAAAACGUUUAUUGAUGGCGCAGUCCUUGAAAUAUGUGAAGUGCAGGUUUAUGGUAAGCUAUUUGUUACAUUGUCAUACAUUUUGUGUAUUCCAGAAUGCCCCAAGGGCGUAUAUGGUGAAGGUUGUCAAGAGCAGUGUGGGAAUUGUGAAGUUGACAGAGCAUGUCAUCACAUUAAUGGAUCCUGUCCUGGACUUUGUGAACCCGGAUAUCUAGGAGACAGAUGCCAAAUCGUAUGUAACAAGGGGUUUUAUGGCAAAGGAUGCCUGGAAAAGUGUGGUCACUGUGAUAACAACCAAUGUCAUCACAUCAACGGAUCCUGUUCCGGUUUUUGUAAAUCUGGAUAUCAAGGAUAUAAAUGCGACAGAGAAUGCCCCAAGGGCGUAUACGGUGAAGGUUGUCAAGAGCAGUGUGGGUAUUGUGAAGGUGACAGAGCAUGUCAUCACAUUGAUGGAUCCUGUCCCGGACUUUGUGAACCCGGAUAUCUAGGAGAGAGAUGCCAAAAUGUAUGUAACAAGGGGUUUUAUGGCAAAGGAUGCCUGGAAAAGUGUGGUCACUGUGAUAACAGCCAAUGUCAUCACAUCAACGGAUCCUGUUCCGGUUUUUGUAAAUCUGGAUAUCAAGGAUAUAAAUGCGACAGAGCAUGCAACCCUGAUUGGUAUGGCAGAGAAUGUAAAGAAAAAUGCGGUUAUUGCAGACAUGAAAGCCCGUGCCAUCCUGUGACCGGAUCUUGUUCAGGAUUAUGUGAACCAGGAUAUUCCGGAGAUACAAUAGACAUAUGA